AGCAGACAGACUGAGUUCCUCUAAUCCCCAUGUUCUUUCUUCUCCUUCUCUCUAAGACCCUUCUCUGAGGGAGGAACAACUAUAUCUUUGGGGAUAGUAUAGCUUUAAGGAAACUUUUGGCAGAUGCAGACGUCCUAACAUCUGGGCAGUGUUAACAGAAUCCCAGAGGCCCGGACAGACCACGAGCCACUCGUUCUAGGAAUGUUAAAGUAGGAGUUUCUUUCGACCGAUGAAAGGAGCAGAGAAGAAGGAGAAAGAGAAAGAGGAGACAGAAAGAGAGCACAAAACCUCCACAUAAAACAGAUCCCAUCCCCUCACUUUUGGAAGUUCACUGAUUGCUGGUUCCUGAAAGUCAUUUUCCUUUGUUCUGGUACUUCUGUUCACAUACCUCUAUUCCUGCUUCCCUAAACCCCCCUUUCAAGGAUGGCCCAUCAGCUGACUCAAAUAAGAGUGCUAGCUCUGCUGCUCUUCCUAACUCCAGCAGUGACACCAACACGGUAUGCAGGUUCAGGCUUCUAUCCAGAUGAAAGCUACAAUGAAGUAUAUGCUGAAGAGGUUCCACAGGCCCCUGCCCUAGACUACCGAGUCCCCCGAUGGUGUUAUACAUUAAACAUCCAGGAUGGAGAAGCCACAUGCUACUCACCAAAGGGAGGAAAUUAUCACAGCAGCCUGGGCACUCGUUGUGAACUCUCCUGUGACCGGGGUUUUCGACUGAUUGGACGGAGGUCGGUGCAAUGCCUUCCAAACCGCCGUUGGUCUGGAACUGCCUACUGCAGGCAGGUGAGAUGCCACACAUUGCCGUUCAUCACUAGUGGCACCUACACCUGCACAAAUGGGAUGCUUCUUGACUCCCGCUGUGACUACAGCUGUUCCAGUGGCUACUACCUGGAAGGUGACCGCAGCCGCAUCUGCAUGGAAGAUGGGCAAUGGAGUGGAGGCGAGCCUGUAUGUGUAGACAUAGAUCCCCCCAAGAUCCGUUGUCCCCACUCACGUGAGAAGAUGGCAGAGCCAGAGAAGUUGACUGCCCGAGUACACUGGGACCCACCAUUGGUGAAAGAUUCUGCUGAUGGCACCAUCACCAGGGUGACACUUCGGGGCCCUGAGCCUGGCUCUCACUUUCCCGAAGGAGAGCAUGUGAUUCGUUACACUGCCUAUGACAGAGCCUACAACAGAGCCAGCUGCAAGUUCAUUGUGAAAGUACAAGUGAGACGCUGCCCAACUCUGAAACCACCACAGCAUGGCUACCUUACCUGUACUUCAGCAGGGGACAACUAUGGUGCCACCUGUGAAUACCACUGUGAUGGCGGUUAUGAGCGCCAGGGGACCUCCUCCCGGGUCUGCCAGUCCAGCCGCCAGUGGUCAGGAUCAGCACCCAUCUGUACUCCUAUGAAGAUUAAUGUUAAUGUCAACUCAGCUGCUGGUCUUCUGGAUCAGUUCUUUGAAAAACGGCGACUCCUCAUAAUCUCAGCUCCUGAUUCCUCCAACCGAUAUUAUAAAAUGCAGAUCUCUAUGCUACAGCAAUCCACCUGUGGGCUGGACCUGCGUCACGUGACCAUCAUCGAGCUGGUGGGGCAGUCACCUCAGGAGGUGGGGCGCAUCCGGGAGCAGCAGCUGUCAGCCAACAUCAUCGAGGAGCUCAGGCAAUUUCAGCGCCUCACCAGCUCCUACUUCAACAUGGUAUUGAUUGACAAGCAGGGUAUAGACCGAGAACGCUACAUGGAACCUGUCACCCCUGAGGAAAUAUUCACCUUCAUUGAUGACUACUUACUGAGCAACCAGGAGCUGAUCCAGCGUCGGGAACAAAGGGACGUAUGCGAAUGAACCUGAGCCAGGGCAUGGAGAGGUCAAGGGACAAGAUACCUUAGUUGCCUAAUAAAAAAGAGGAAAUGGUUUCCCACAGUCCUAGG